CUCACUUUACACUUCAGUCAGUCAGCGUCAAGACAACAUGAAGGUCGGAGGUUUCUGCACCACACUGUUGACUGUGACGAUCCUGCUGUGUGCACAGGAUCAGGAAGUUGAUGGUGCUUUUGUUCGUAUCUCUCCAAACAGACUGCAGUUCUUUGAAUACGAGUCGGUCACUUUGUACUGUAAGGGAGUCUUUGACUGUGAUGUUGAAAGUACAUCCAAAGGGAGAAAGCCCUCGUGUUGCACAACUGAUGACAUAACAUUUAGAGGACCUAACUGCACCAUUGAAAAUAUUUACCGAGAGGACUCUGGAAAGUACUGGUGUCUAGAAGGACGACAGAGAAGAAACAUCAUCAACAUCAAUGUCACUUCUGGUUUUGUGAUCCUGGAGAGUCCUGCUCUUCCUGUGAUGGAGGGAGAAGAUGUGACUCUGAGUUGUAGAACAAAAAAUUCUUCCUCCAACAUCCAAGCUGAUUUUUAUAAGGAUGGAGUCCUCAAGUGGACAAGCUCCACAGGAAGUAUGAUCAUCAAAACAGUCUCCAUGUCUGAUCAAGGGUUCUACAAAUGUCACAUCUCUGGAGUUGGAGAAUCACUACACAGCUGGCUGUCUCUUAGAGCUUUGCUGUCCUCAUCAACACCAUAUUUUCAAGAAGAGCUGAACCUUACCUCGCCCUGCAAGUGUAAUGAACAUGGUCCCUCCCCAGAUCACAGCUGUCACAUUUACCCCAUCCUAAGGACUGUGUUCACCAUCAUCAUGGUUGUGGUUGUGGUGGUACUGCUCGGAUGUCUUCACUGUGUUUUUGUUAGAGAUAUAAAACAUGACUGAUCAGUCAGAAUAGAGGGCUAUCUGUUAUAUUAAAGAAAAAGAUGAUCUGGAUGAUGACCAAAAGGCAAGUAAAAGCUAAUUUAGUAGCUGAGAUCAUGAAGUUAAUAUUUCAUGUAGGAUUAAGCCCAUUGCUAUCAAGCUGUUUUCUAUGCUUCUAGUCCCAGAGGUAGACACUGUGACUAUAUCAGGAAAUGAGUGCCUUUCUGAGAAACUUGUGUAAUGUGUCUGCAAAUGUGGUUCUUAAAGCUUUCACUCUUGCCAUAACUAGCCUGACAUAUGUUGUUCAAAAUAACCACAAUGUCUGAGCGCUUCUAUUAAUUGAUGUUGGUUUGUAGAAACGUCUGAACUUUGACAGUGUGUCACCACCACUUGGUGUCUUCAUCUGUUUACAAUUUUAUGAAAUCUGAAGAAAAAUAAACUUAGAAAUGUACUGUCAA